GUUGACAUGUGACUCCGCGUUUUGGAACCAGUGAGGCUAAGCCGCUAAGCUUGUGGUAUUGGUUACACUAACAGCGGCAAAUAUUGUUCGGAAAGGUGUUUCGACAUCCAGCACAUAAUGUCGACGCUGGCAUGCCUUGUGGAGGUGGAAGGAUCAGAGUUGAAACGCAAGUUUCAGUUCAACGACGCCCAUGUCGUCACACUCACGAGGUUGAAAGACGCUGUAAAACAGUGCAGUUUGCUGAGCGAGAAUUUGUCAUGCACGGGAGCGACUGCGACAUUCAAGUUGUACGACAAGGAUUUUGACUGUUUUGUGACCAUUGCGGACGAUGAUGUGAUACCCCACCUGUCUACUGUACGGCUUACUCCGGGUACUAAUGUGCAGCCCCAACCAACAGAAAAGGAGCUGACGUUGACUCAGUUGCUAUCAUGCUCUAAUUUGGAGAUGCAGCAGCCAAGCAUGAGCAGUGCUGUUCCAGAAAAAACGAAUGACAUUGAAGACCGUGAUGGGAAAGCAUAUGACCUUCCGGACUUUGGUUGGCUGCAUGGGUCUCUACUUAUGGUAGCAAACGGAGAGCCCUUGACAUCUUCCCUCGAGAUCAAAAUCGUCGAGUUCUUGUACCAAUCAGUCAUGCCCUUCACAUUAUACCCUUCUCGUGUUUUUUAUUACAAAGUCAUCAGCCUAUUUCUUGAGCGUUACCCGCACCUUGCUGACUCCAUUGGAUCCGGAUUUUCUGAUGUUCAUACUGCCAGUCAGCAUGAAGAUGAAACAAGUAUAGAGAGACAUGAGCAGUGGCUAAGAAGCGAGGGCAAAAAGACAGACCCUGAUGAGUUCCAAAUCAAAGUGAGAAUGGCGGCAACCACCGAAGCAGAGCUGCAGACCUCGCCACUCUGCCUGUGACUGUUACUGUAGUAAAAUACCCGUACAUCAUGGCCUCCGGCAGGUUCUUCAACGAGUUUGAGAGUGCCACAAGUAAAGAAGCCCUCCAGCCUGUGCAGCGUGGUGUCGAGGAAGUGAUCAGGCUCACUGUUAGUGGUAUUAUUCGUACUGGCAGCCCGCUGCAGGAAAAGGCGAAACACAUCCCACACCUGGAAGAUGUAGGCGCAACACGAAAGAAACACAUGCUUGCUGUGGCUGCUUUGAACAUCCUGGGCUGUUCCUUGCGAGAGACAAGUGCUCUGUCACCACCUCUUUGUGCAUGAAAACGUGGACCCAAUGCCCAUGAUCCCGUGCGUCAGGUUCACAGGGGACUCACUUGACGAAGCACAGCAUAUGUACCUCCAUGUUGAUGGAACACGGCUCUUCCGGGUGAUGGAUGGCGAAGAAGGCAUUGCAGCAAUAUUUGCUGCAUAUUGGAUCUUUCAAGCCCAGUAUGGAAAAGAAGUGACCAACGUCAUGACGUUCAUUGAACGUCAGUGGUACAAGUUGAACUCUACCAAGGCAAAGCAACAAGUGAUCAAGCUAGUCAGCAAAGUGGUGAGGGCUACCACGUAAGACAGUGCGGAACUCAAAUGUGGAACUGUGUUUAAGUUCACCAGUGCAUUGUUCGGGCUUUCCUUUUUUGUCUUCACAUUUUUUUAUAGUUCUGUCGUUUGACAGUUAACAUUUAGAACAUUUUAUAGAACACAUUUGUUCAUUUUCACAAAGAACUGUGAUAGCAGACUGGUCGCUUUUCUAGUUCCCGUCUUUUGAUAGUGCACAUUUAGAAUGUUUUAUGAACAUUUAGAACACAACAUUUUAUGGAACACAUUUGUUAAUUUUCACGAACUGUGAUAGCAGAGUGGUCGCUUUUCUAGUUCCUGUCUUUUGAUGGUGCACAUUUAGAACGUCUUAUGAACAUUUAGAACAUAACAUUUUAUAGAACACAUUUGUUCAUUUUCACAAAGAACUGUGAUAGCAGACUGGUCGCUUUUCUAGUUCCUGUCUU